AUGUCAGAAAAUACCGAAAUACAGCUUGAAUCAACGAGUUGCGAAACUAACAUAAUAUCGACUUCGUUACAAAAUGAACCACACAAAAUAAACAUUAAAGAGAAUUCUAAUACUUCAGAAUUGAGAAAAGAAAGUAGCAAUGUGGCGGUUAUGAGAAAUUUUUAUGUAAUUUCGUUUGGAUAUAUAUUUUUCACACUUACAGAUUCUGGCCUUCGAAUGAUUGUGUUUCUGGAACUAUAUGAUCGACAUUUCAGUGCAUUGCAAAUAUCUAUAAUGUUUACAUUAUACGAAUUUUUUGGAGUCAUUAUAAAUCUUACAGGUGGUAUUAUAGGAUCACGUUUAGGUAUUCGAGUCUGCCUUGUUUCUGGUCUUUUUGUUCAGAUUAUCGGAAUAACAAUGCUAUGCGGAUUUAGCGGAAUAGCGAAAGAUUUGGUCAAGUUAAGUGGUAAAUCUGUAGCAAAAUUAGUGACAAAGGAUGACAGUCUUCAUCAAACUUUAUUAUUCAAAUUGGUAGCCUGGAUUACAGGUGCAAAAAAUUCUGUAAAAGGUGCUGGUUUCUUUUGGGGACCAAUUGGAUGGUCAUAUCUUGGCACUGGCGCACUCCUUGCUGGUUGGAUAAUAUUUUAUGGAACAAUACAAUCCAGCACACCUCAGUUGAUUCUAAAACCACUUGGAAUAUAUCCCGUAAAAAGUGGACCUUAUUGUCAUAGAGAUAAAGUCGCCAUGAAUGUAGGAUUUUAUUAUAUGGCAAAUGCUUUUGGAAGAUUAAUUGGAUUAAUUGUGGGUGGUGUAUUAUAUUAUUAUGUUGAAUUGGAUGCUUGUUUGUGGGUGUCUGUGGGUGCAUUAAUCUUCUGUACAUUUGUUUCAUUCUUCCUUGGUCCUGUUCCCGAAUCUCAAAAUGA